AUGGCGGCGCCACCCCCUGCUCCUGCUGCUGCGGCGGCGGCGAGGGCCGGCGGGCUGGUGCUGUGGCUGCACGGCUCCGCCGAGACGGGCGAGCAUAGCCGCGGCCAGAUCGCGCCCUACUUCUCGGCCGCCCCCGCCGUCCGCCUCUCCUUCCCUACCGCCCCCAUCGCCUGCGUUGGUACGCGCACUGACCCAACACUUGCUGCUCCUGAUUCGACGGGCAAACAAACGCACCUGCGAUUUUAUUCAGUUGCUCGAUCGAUUUGCGGUGUUGCUGCUGCAGGCGACGUGGUGCUCAACGCGUGGUUCGGCAUCCCGGAGGUCCCCAUAACCGCUACCACUGUUAGAGAUGAGGAAGGAGUCCUAGAAGCUGUUGAGCAUGUGCACAAAAUGUUAGACAAAGAAGUGGCUGCCGGAACAUGUCCGACGGACAUUUUCGUCUGUGGAUUAAGCCAAGGAGGUGCUCUAGCCAUUGCAAGUGUUCUGCUGUACCCCAAAACUUUAGGUGGGUGUGUUGUUUUCAGUGGUUCGGUUCCCCUAAGCAAAUCAUUUGCUGUGAGGGUGCCACCUGAAGCCAGAAAGACACCGGUUUUAUGGUUCCAUGGGAUGGCAGACGGGGUGGUACUGUUUGAAGCCGGUCAUGCCGGGUGCGCAUUUCUCCAAGAGCUUGGCAUGGCUUGUGAAUUCAAGACUUAUCCUACUCUUGGGCACUCGCUGGUGGAUGAAGAGCUCCAAUAUUUUCGACGAUGGAUAUUCGAUCGUCUAGGGGUCUCUCAAGGAACUGAAGAUGCAAGGCCGUCAUCAUCAUCAUCGAACCACGAAGAUCUCCACUAG